GGUCGUGUGCGUGUAAGGGGGGCGACGUAAGGGCGCUUCGCGAGCCAGUCUCUCCUCGAAUGAAAGGAAACAACCUCCGGCGACAGAGCCCAGCUCUCAGGCGCUGCCGGAGUACCGAGACCGACUUCUUUCUCUUUCCCCUCAUUGGCGCUUUUCUCUGCCGUCCGCCUCUGGGCCCGGCUGUAUUUCUUGAGACUGAAAGUGGCAUUCUAAAGGCAAUUUAAAAAUCAUGUCAAGCUCAAUUGAACAGAAAAAAGGGCCUACAAGACAGCGCAAAUGUGGCUUUUGUAAGUCAAAUAGAGACAAGGAAUGUGGACAGUUACUAAUAUCAGAAAACCAGAAGGUGGCAGCACACCAUAAGUGUAUGCUCUUUUCAUCUGCUUUGGUUUCAUCACACUCCGAUAAUGAGAGUCUUGGUGGAUUUUCUAUUGAAGAUGUCCAAAAGGAAAUUAAAAGAGGCACGAAGCUGAUGUGUUCUUUGUGCCACUGUCCUGGAGCGACAAUUGGUUGUGAUGUGAAAACAUGUCACAGGACAUACCACUACCACUGUGCAUUGCAUGAUAAAGCUCAAAUACGAGAGAAACCUUCACAAGGAAUUUACAUGGUUUAUUGUCGAAAACAUAAGAAAACUACACAUAAUUCUGAAGCUGAUUUAGAAGAAAGUUUUAAUGAGCAUGAAUUGGAGCCCUCGUCCCCAAAAAGUAAAAAGAAAAGUCGUAAAGGAAGACCAAGAAAAACUAAUUUUAAAGGACUGUCAGAAGAUACCAGGUCCACAUCUUCUCAUGGAACAGAUGAAAUGGAAAGUAGUUCCUAUAGAGACAGGUCUCCACAUAGAAGCAGCCCCAGUGACACCAGGCCUAAAUGUGGAUUUUGUCAUGUCGGAGAAGAAGAAAAUGAGGCAAGAGGAAAACUGCAUAUAUUUAAUGCUAAGAAGGCAGCUGCACAUUAUAAGUGCAUGUUGUUUUCCUCUGGCACAGUCCAGCUAACAACAACAUCAAGAGCAGAAUUUGGAGAUUUUGAUAUUAAAACAGUACUUCAGGAGAUUAAGCGAGGAAAAAGAAUGAAAUGUACGCUUUGCAGUCAGCCUGGUGCUACUAUUGGAUGUGAAAUAAAAGCCUGUGUUAAGACCUACCAUUACCACUGUGGAGUACAAGACAAAGCUAAAUACAUUGAAAAUAUGUCAAGAGGAAUUUACAAACUGUAUUGUAAAAACCAUAGUGGAAAUGAUGAGAGAGAUGAAGAAGAUGAGGAACGAGAGAGUAAAAGCCGAGGAAAAGUGGAAAUUGAUCAGCAGCAAGCUCAGCAGCAACUUAAUGGAAACUAGGUAUGAACGUUAAUUAUAUGGGAUCUGUGGUCAGGAUCUAAUACUCACUGAUAAAUACAUGAUACAGUAAUGGUAUACAAUAAGAUUUUUUUAAACCUUAAAGUAUUUAGUUAAGAGCAUGUUACCAGAAUGCUGAGGAUUAUAUAGGCUUGUGUAGUUUUUUUUUUUUUUUUUUUGACUAGCCAGUUUUGUAACCAUAAAACCAAACUAUCUACUUUAUCAAUAAAUGUAGUUACAAUGUCAAAUCAGUAAGAUAUUCUCACUCCUCAGUAACAUUAUGUUGAUUGUAUUUCCCUCAAGCAUCAUAUUUUACAUUUUCUUAUCAUCUUUUAAACAGGUUCAUGGGACAGAGUUAGAAAACUGGGAAUGAAUAAGACAUCCAUAACUACUAUUCUUUUUCACUGUUUUCUAAAAGGGUUUGUAACUUUUUACUGCCCAACUCUUAGAUCCUUCACUGAACUGCCUAAAAACAUCUUGUUUGUUUCAUGAGUUUUCUCUAGACGGCUGAGUUUGACAUUUCGAUAUUACAUAGCUGUAGUGUGCAGUUUCUGGGAAGCAAUUGAAACACUAUUAACCCUAAGUUUGUUUAGUGGAUCAUGCUCAAGGGAAAUGUAAGCAAAUUUUACUUUACAAUGCAAACAUGCCUCUGGUGGCAACACAUGGUAGUUUGUGAAUUUUUUUUGCACUCAAGUAAUGGAGGCUAAAAAUGAAGAGAACCUGCUUUUUAUCUUAGCUUUGAGAACACAUACUAAAAGUCUCUUCCAAGAAGUGUGCUGAAGCUUUUUAUUUGGUUUCCUGGCAGAGUUGUUCUCACUGACCAGCAUGGACUUGGGCAGCUGGCGAUUAUGAGCUGCAAGCUCCAGUGCUUAUGCCAAAAUUCUCAUGACAAUACACUUCUCUUUCCAUGUCAUGCAAAAAGCUUCUGGCAAAAUGAUUGAAUCCUUUCCAGUUUAAACCAAUAUUUGGCAACAGCAAAUUAAACCUCUUGCAGAUUUAAAGGGUUACUACCUGCUAAGAACGUUAGACACCACAUCUGAAACCCAUUUCUCUCAAAUGCCCCGUUGUGUGGAACACUUCACAUAUUGGCUCAAAAUGUGUAAGGAGGUUUCGUGUGCUGUAGAAGUAAAAAACAGUCUUCACAUAAAGCAGUAUUUAUUUUUAAUUUUGUGACCACUAUUUUAGAAACUUAUUUAAUAUUUUUAAUGUUUUCUGUCAUUGUUUGGUUAUCUAUUAAAUAGUGUUUUCUGCCCUGCUUUUUUCCUGGUAGGGCUCGGCGUUGUUUUAUUGAUCAUCAGAAUUGUUUCUUAAAGCCGAAGAACCCAGCUAUUUAGAAAGGAUUUUCACACUGGCAUUUCUCGCUAGUGACAUUUUCUUCCACUUACUGCUGAAGCACAUUUAUGUAUUUCUUUAUGGCAAAACCAAAAAGCUUUAGUUGUGGUCUGCCUAAUACUACCAUAGCACCUCAAUACCAAGGAUGCGGAUUCUGAUUUCUGAAUUAUUAGUUAACCUACCACAAUAAAGCAGAGUUGGAAAUAAAAAAAUCAUGUUAACUUGACUACAUUGAGAUAUUCUGCAGCUGAUAGAACAGCAUUUUUAAAUGUACUAAGUGAAAAAUUACACUGUGCUUAGUGACUGAAUUUUUAAACUGCUAGUCCCUUAAGAACACGUUUGUCAAGUGUGUAUUCACACAUUUACUUCAAUCAAGGGACUAAAUGCUUGCUUUAUUUUAACCAUCUUUCUUGUUAUUUUUAGAAGGAAACUGUCUUCAGUAGUGGAUUGCCCUCUAUGUUUUCUUUUUGCUUUUAAUAUGCCAUCAUGUGUAUGUGAUUAAUUUUCAGAAUUCAUGACUUGAAGUGCAAGGACAGAUCUAAAUGUUUGUUUACCAAGCUAUGUGACUUUUUCCAAAGGAUCUGUACUUUAUUUCUCUGCAACAGCUUGAAAACCAUUUUUUCUUAAAUCUUUAAAUCACUGUGUCUAGGUCAUUUUUACAUUGUGUGCCAUAGAACUUACCCAUGGAGAAACAGAACUCCUUCAUUUUUGGACAACUACUGUAAUGAAUAUUUUUAAGGAAAAAUAGAAGGUGCCAGGGGUAAUCAUGGCCAGUCAAUAAUUAUAUAAUAGACUUCAAAUACUACAGCUGUCAGUUGAUAAGUUUGUUGUGUAGUAAAAUACGUGACUGUGUAUGGGUUUCUUCAGCUCUUUCCCUGCCACUAGCAACCAGAAUAGCACUUUACCUUUUGGUUGGCUAGAUAAGUGGCUGACUACCUGUUUUUUUCACUGUGGUGUGAUUGGCUGAAUAAUUGUUCAUUAAUUGAAAUACAAAUUGAAGUCACAUGAAAAAUCAUCUUUGGUCAUCUUUGGUUGUAAGCCUACAAUGUUUUGAUUAUCCAUUUUUCAUCACAUGCUGAGUACAAGUGCCUUACAAUGUAAAAAUUGUACAGUACUUAUGUUCCCAAGUAGUAUCAUCAUCUUCUGGGUAGUAAUUACAUUGUGGUAUUAAUAUUUAGAUAAAUGGACCUCAGCAGUGUAUUUACUGUACAUCUCUUAAGUCCUUAACUGUAGUUUUAAUAAGCAUGACAUUAUUUGAUAAGUAUAUGACAUUUACAUCAUUUCCAAAAAAUAUUGCCAUUGCUGUCUUUUAUGCAUAUUUUAGCCUAAAAUUUUGAAGUGUCUUUUCUUUCUUUCUUUUGUUUUUUUCUUUUUGUUUUGUUGUUGUUGUUGUUGUUGUUGUUAUUAAACAGUGUAAUCUUUGCAAGCAUAUAUUGAAGAUUAUUCUGGAGCAUUUAUUGCCUUACCAGAAAUGUUAGUAAGAAAUGUUCUUUAGAGUAGAAAGAUAGACUUGAGUUUCUAUACUUUAAUAACAACUGUUUGUUCCUGGGGGGAGGUGAGGGGGGGAUUUUUACAUUCAUCUCAAUUUAUUAAAAACCCACAACUGAAAUGAAUUUUAUUUCAAGGAUUAGCAAUUUUAGAAUUUCAGAUAAUACUUGCUCAGAAUGACGUGCUACUCAAGAUACUAAGAGAAUAAUAAGAUCUGUCAAUCUACUAUUAAAUCAGAAUCUAUGUACUUGAACAAAUGCGUGAAUCUCAAAUAUCUCAAAGCAAAGGAAAAAGUUUUCUAGAGUGUUGUUGCUUUUUUAAAAAGCACUGAGGUUAGACCAAGGUAUAGUUUGUUUUAACAGACAUUUAGAUUAAUUGUAAAGAUAAGGAAUGCAUCAUGGGUCAAAAAUCAAACAUUCCUCUCAUGUUAUGUAUAUUUUGUUCUUGUUAUAUUGGCUUUAUUUUCAAAAUUGUAGUUUGUAGUAUUAGUUUCCUUUUAUUGGUAUUCUUGCAUAUACUAUUCAUUCAAUAAAUGAGUUAUGACUUUCA